AUGAUUACAGACACAAUUCAACAAAUCUAUGCCAAAAACGAAGAAGCAAUCAAAAAGCAAUGCCUUCCAUUGUCUGUUGCAGCCACUGUCACUUUUCUAGCGUACAAAUUAUACAAAAAUAGAACCAAGCAGUCUUCGAUCGAUGAUGCCCUUUUGCCCCCCUUAAUCAAAGGUGCAAAACCGAUCAUUGGCAACUUACUGGACCUUCAAAAGGAUCCUGCGACAUACUUGGAUAAUGCAAAGAACACCUAUGGUCCUUGCUUCAGAAUUGCCAUUCCAGGUCAAGGAAAGCUGUGUGUAGUUACAGGCCCAUUGAUUGGCGAGGUCAUGAAAGCAACCAAGAACUUUAGUUUUACGCAAGGGAUUGAAACGUUGGUGCCUGCUGCCAAAGUUGUUCAAAUAUCGUACAAGCACAAAUUUGUGGCCGAGACCAUCAGCCCCAGAGAGAAGCAUCCCAUUGUAUAUCCCAUCAAGCAUAACUUCAAGGAAAACCAAAUUGAUGUCUUUUCAGAGCGUAUUCAAACUGCAUUGAAAUCAGCCCUUGACCAAGAACUCAAUCUCAACAAGGGAGAAGAACGAGUCGUAGAUGUCUGGGACACACUCACCAUCCUCAUUUCUAACAUCUCAUGUCCAUGUUUCGCCGGUAGUAAAGUUGGCAAUGACAAAGAACUGAUAGCCGGCAUGGCGCAGUUCACACAAAAGAUCAUCAAGGCGGGCAUCUUUUUGUCUGUACUUCCAACAUGGCUAGGUAGCUUUGUGGUUCGCAAAUUCUUCUCUGUUGAACACGAAAUGGACCUCAUCAUGACUCUUUUGGUGCCUGAAUUGGAGAAGAUUAGAAACGGACAAGCUGGUGAUGAUUAUGAAGUAACAUUUGCUUCGAUGGCUCUCAAUUUACCCAAGGAAGAUGGUUCUGCUAGAACUGUUCAAGACGCUGCUUAUUAUUUUAACAAUAUCGCAUUAGCCAGUAUCCAUACCACCUCACAUUUUGCUUCAUUUGCAUUGCACGAACUCGCCUGUCGCCCUACGCUGAUUCAAGAUUUGAGAAACGAAGUGGCAACUCUUGGUAACAAUAGAACCCCUGAAUCUGUUGCUAAACUUCCAUUGAUGGACUCCUUCUUCCGCGAGGUGCUUCGAGUAGAUACGGAUUUCUUGGGCAUGCACCAUCUUGCUCUUCAAGAUACAACCAUGUCUACUGGCCAAGUAAUUCCCAAAGGCAGUUUAGUGGUGGGCGCCCUGGAACAGGUGCAUAGAGAUCUCCGUUUCUUGCCAGUGGAUGAAGAGACUGGAGAAGUUUUUGUGGGCGAAAAGUCUCUGGAAGAAUUUGAUGCUUAUCGAUACGUUGGCAAGAAGAUUAAGUCUACUACCGUUGGUCUGGACCAUCUCACAUUUGGUUUGGGCGCCCAUGCUUGUCCUGGUCGUUUCUUUGCUGCAAAUGAGAUCAAAUACGUGCUUGCUGAGAUGCUUGUGCGCUAUGAUGUGAAGACUAGAACAGGAAAACGCGCUCCGGAUAAUGUUCUUUUAGGCAUGACUAAAUUCCCUCCUCGUGAGCCUCUCAUUUUUACUGGCCUCUAA